GACACCUUCCGCUAGCUCCAGCCCUACCCCCCACCGAUUCCCGCCUGUUUUGUUUCCCAGCUCCGGUCUCGAGUGGCGAAGAGUUUCGGGGAUUCGGUUUCGCUCGUCAUUCUGCCUCGAGAGCAUCCGGUCUGGAUCAUCGCGACAGAUGCAGUUUAAAGUCACGGUGGCUGGAAAGGUAGUUGUGAUGGACUAGGAGCUGCUCUGCUUAUCCUGCAUCUCCAGCGGGGCUUCCAGGGCCUAGAACACGAGAGAAAUCCAGUGUCUAUUACAGAACAAUUUUCAUCUUUCUGGUUAAAUGACUUUUGUGCCAGUGAUACCAGAAGCCUGCAGCCAUGUUCUUGCAGAGUUUGAUUCCUUGGAUCCAUUACUCACGGCUUUGCGACUGGAUUCCAGUCGUCUAAAGUGUACCAGCGUAGCUGUGUCUCGGAAAUGGCUGGCAUUAGGCAGCACAGGAGGAGGACUCAAUCUUAUUCAGAAAGAUGGCUGGAAGCAAAGGCUGUUUCUCUCUCACCGGGAAGGUGCAAUCUCUCAGAUUGCCUGCUGUUCUCAUGAUGAUGAUUAUGUUGCUGUAGCUACCAGUCAAGGUCUUGUAGUUGUUUGGCAAUUAAAUCAAGAACGUCGAGGAAAACCAGAGCGAAUUCAUGUGUCCUCCGAACACAAAGGCCGAAAAGUUACAGCCCUCUGUUGGGACACAGCUGUUCUGAGAGUCUUUGUAGGUGACCAUGUGGGCAAAGUAUCUGCCAUCAAACUCAACACUUUGAAGCAGGCAAAGGCAGCUGCUGCCUUUGUGAUGUUUCCUGUUCAGACAAUAACAACAGUCGACUCCUGUGUUGUUCAGUUAGAUUAUUUGGAUGGAAGAUUACUUGUGUCUUCACUGACUCGAUCCUUCUUGUGUGACACUGAGAGGGAAAAGUUUUGGAAAAUUGGAAAUAAGGAAAGAGAUGGAGAAUAUGGAGCUUGUUUUUUUCCCGGAAAAUUUACUGGGAGCCAGCAGCCUUUGAUCUACUGUGCACGCCCAGGCUCCAGGAUGUGGGAAGUGAACUUUGAUGGGGAAGUGCUAAGUACACACCAGUUCAAGAAGCUCUUGUCAUUGCCACCUCUCCCUGUGAUCACUGCAAGAUCAGAGCCUCAGUAUGAUCAUACAGUUGGAUCCUCCCAGUCUUUGUCAUUCCCUAAACUCUUACAUCUUAGUGAACACUGUGUGCUGACUUGGACAGAAAAAGGAAUUUAUAUUUUCAUCCCUCAGAAUGUUCAGGUUCUUCUUUGGAGUGAAGUCAAGGAUAUUCAGGAUGUAGCUGUCUUCAAGAAUGAGUUGUUCUGUUUACACUUUAAUGGGAAAAUCUCACAUCUUUCCCUGUUGUCUGUGGAGCGCUGUGUGGAACGCCUGUUAAGAAGAGGCCUGUGGGACUUGGCUGCUCGCACAUGCUGUCUCUUCCAAAAUUCUAUCAUUACCAGCAGAACAAGAAAAACAUUGACCACAGAUAAAUUAGAGCAUUUGAAAUCUCAGCUGGACCUUACAACCUACAGUGAACUAAUUUCUCAACUGGAUGAAUUGAUCUUCAAAUUUGAGCCUUUGGAUUCAGCUUGCAGUAGUAGAAGAAGCUCCAUUUCAUCACAUGAAAGUUUUAGCAUCUUGGACUCUGGUAUAUAUCGGAUCAUCAGUAGUAGAAGAGGCAGUCAGUCCGAUGAAGAUUCUUGCUCCCUUCACAGUCAGACCUUCUCAGAAGAUGAAAGACUUAAAGAGUUUGCCUCACCCCAGGAAGAAGAGCAGUCAGAGCAGGUCUGUGCUGCAAACAGAAAUGAAGACAAUGUCCCCCAUGGUCUAGUGAUGUCUGAGACAGAUAAGAAUGAAGCUUUUCUGCCCUUCAGCAUUCCACUGCCAUUUCGUUCUCCAUCUCCUCUGGUGUCCCUUCAGGCUGUUAAAGAAAGUGUUUCUAGCUUUGUGCGUAAAACUACUGAGAAAAUUGGCACCCUUCACGCAAGCCCGGAGCUGAAGGAGACAUUAGAAUCCAAGGAUGCUGACCAAGUACAUGAAGAGGAAGUGAUUGCAGAUACCCGGCCUCUGGAGGAAGACUCUGAGGAGAAAGAAAUUAGCCAACUUCUUGAAGAAGACAGGCUUCAAGAACUCACAGCAGUGACAGCAGAAGCAAUGACCAAGUUACUGGACCCUCUGGUUUUAUUUGAACCCAAGUCACUAAGAACAGUUUUACGUGAGUGGCUUUCACAGUUAGAAAAAACAUUUGCCUUGAAGGACUUCACUGGCAUUUCCAGUACCAGCAGUCUACCUGUGAAAUUGAACCUGGAUGUGCACCUCCUUAGUGAGUCAGAAGAGGGAGUGUUAGAUGAAGAUAGUGAAGAAGAAAAAAGGAAUUCUUCAGGCACUGAAGAAACUGGUGGUCAUAUAGCCUGUGAAUCUGUAAGCAGCCUUAGUGAACCCUUGGGUGAUUUUUUUCGAGUAUAUUCUCCAUUCACUAUAGCCAACAGUCUUCAGAAAGAUCUGAUGGAAUUGACAACGUUGUGCUUGGAACUGAAUGUAUUGACUUCCGUAGUGGAAAGCAUAGGUGGUGGACAUGUGGACCGUACUUUACAGCAGCUCUCUCCUGAGAUCCUGGCUUGUCGUUUCCUAAAGAAGUAUUUUUUUCUCCUGGACUUGAAAAGAGCAAGGGACAGUAUCAAACUAAGUUACACCAACAACCCUUGUGUUUGGGACACUUUUGUUGAAGGACUGAAAGAAAUUGCACGUUCUAAUUCUGCAUACACAGAAAUAGAAGAAGGAGAUCUGCCCACAGGCCUACAGUUACUGGAUGGUUCAAUCCCUUCAGAUAGUCCUUUGUUAAUUGCAUUUGCCACCCGAUUGUAUGAUAGAUUUGGGGAGUCUGCCCUUCGAGCGUUCAUCAAGUUUUAUCCAUCCAUCCUGCCUUCCGACAUUGCACAGCUCUGCCGUCAUCAUCCCGCUCAGUUUUUGGCCUAUCUGGACAGCCUGGUGAAGUCAAGGCCUGAAGAUCAGUGGCCAUCCUUCCUUGAGUUCCUUCUUCAACCAGAGUCUUUAAGACUUGACUGGCUGCUUUUGGCAGUGUCCCAUGAUGCUCCACCAAGCACAAGUACACUAGAUGAUGAAGGACAUCCCAGGCCCCAUUCACACUUGCUUUCUUGGGGUUAUAGUCAGUUGAUCCUUCUUCUGAUUAAACUUCCUGCAGACUUCACAACCAAAGAGAAAAUGAUUGACAUCUGUAGGUCCUAUGGGUUCUGGCCUGGAUACCUUACACUCUGCCUGGAGCUGGAGAGGAGGAGGGAGGCCUUCACCAACAUUGUAUAUCUGAAUGAUAUAAGCCUGAUGGAAGGGGACAAUGGGUGGAUCCCCGAGACCUUGGAGGAAUGGAAGCUUCUCCUACAUCUACUACAGAACAAGAGCAUAAGGCCAACUCCUCAGGAGUCACUAAAUGGGAGCCUCAGUGAUGGCCCUGCCCCCAUCAAUGUGGAGAAUGUGGCACUCCUGUUAGCUAAGGCCAUGGGCCCAGAUCGGGCCUGGUCACUGCUGCAGGAAUGUGGUCUGGCCCUUGAGUUAUCUGCAAAGUUUACCAGAACCUGUGACAUCCUGAGGAUUGCUGAGAGAAGGCAGAGAGCGCUGAUACAAGGCAUGCUUGAGAAGUGUGACCGGUUCCUAUGGUCACAGCAGACCUAGUGGGAGAUCUGUCGGGACAUGGUGUCAUUUUUGACCAAGUGGAGUCCUGCUCCAGAACCUUCAGAGGGCUUUGCCACAGAAGGGAAGGGGAUCCUGAAACCGUGCCUGACCAGAGCCUGUCACGCUGCUGCAGCUGCUGUUGCUGCCCAUCUCCACCUUGGCACUAGGCUCUUGUGCCUCUGUGACCUCAGAGUUUGCCAACCACAGUUGUCUCCUGGGAGAAGUUGGUCAUCAUUCACUGGAAGCGACAUGGGAUGCUCACUGCCGUGUGGUUUUCAGUGUGGACACAGUGGUGUUGAUGCUGUUACUGCAUCGGGGAAUUGUUUCUUACUGUGGCAGAUCUGUUGGGAGCAGAUGCUUUGUUAGAUGAGGAAAGAUAAUGUUAUCAACUGGAGUUCAGUACUGGUCACACUUGUCUGAGGCCAUCUAGAAAUACUGAGUUAGGACCUAGAACAAUGACAUAACAGUGACAUUGUUUUGUUGACAUAUAUAAUAAACUUUGGAGAUUCAGAGUUUUAAAUAAAAUUGCCAGUCUCUGAGUUGAGCUCAAUUUAAAGUAUUUUUUUCCAGUAUUUAUUUGAUAUCUUCUAUUCUAAACCUACAUACAUUGACUAAUCACUGGAAAUAUAGUAAUUUUUAAAGAGUUACCAAAAGAGUCAUGCACUUUUUCCUUUUUCUUUCUUUUUUUGGAAACAGGGUCUUACUUUGUAACUGUAGCUAACCUGGAACUUGCUACACCAGGUAGACUAGGCUGGCCUUGACCUUAAGAGAUCUGCCUGCCUCUGCCUUUUGAGCAUUGGGAUUAAAGGUAUGUGUCAUCACAAACACACAGACACACACACUUAAAAAUUAUCUUUAAGACACAUGGUAAGAGAAAGUCAAGAAGUAUUAUAGAUUAUAACAAAUGAUUGUAUUAUUAAAUCCAGAUAACUAGAUUGUCAUUUUAUGAGGCUUUACUUUGUUAUAUUGGUAAUAAAUGGUAAAGGCUUUGUUUGAACAGAA